CGAAGUUGCCGUGUUGCUGUGUGUGGGUACGCGAGAGCCGAACAGACCGAUAGAGAGUAUAUUUGUGCAUGUUUCCAUCGAACAAUAAAGCCGGCGCCUGUUCGUAAACGAUAACCGGUUACGUGAACGUCGUACGUGCAAUUCGGGAACGCGCCCUCAACAACCGUUUCGGCGCGAUUCUUUCAGCGAGAGUCGUUUGAUGGGGCGUAUGCUCUGCAGCAGGCUUAGGUGUCAUUAGUGCGAAUAGGCCCAAGUGUCCAGCCGCAUCGUUUACCCCGGCUUGUUGAAUACGAGGAGACGAUUGUAACGAUAAACGAGUAGAAUGACGGACACGAGCCAGGCGGAGUUGCCGCCACAGACCAAUGGCGUGUCGUCGGACGGCCUGGACGAGGACGAGCGGGCGAAGAUGCGGCCGGCGGACAUCGACCAGGACGUGAGGGAAAUGGAACGUAGGAAACGCGUCGAAUCGAUCAUGAACAGCCGACUGUUCAGAGAGGAGCUGGAAAGGAUCAUCGAAAGCCAAAUGAAGGACGGCACCGGUCCCAGCGGUCUGUUGCAGCAGAUCUCGGACAUGGUGGGCGUCAACAAGCAGGCUGGCAACGUGUUCAAAAACUCGAGCUGCGUGAUCCCCAUCAACGAUAUACGCGGCAUCGAGGCGAUGGGCUACGCCAAAGGUGAGAAAAUCCUGCGCUGCAAACUGGCCUCGGUGUUCAGACUGAUCGACCUGUACGGAUGGACCCAGGGUGCCAGCACACUAAUUACUGCCAGAUUGAACCAGGACGACGAACAGUUCCUGGUCAAUCCGUACGGAAUGCUGUUCCACGAACUGACCGCCUCCAGCCUGAUCAAGAUCGGCAUGCAGGGCAACGUGAUCGAGCAGGGCACGACGAAUUUUUCGGUGAACAUCACUGCGUUCUCGUUGCACGCCGCCGUCCACGCCGCACGUCCCGACAUCAAGUGCAUCAUUCACGUGCACACGCCGUCCGUGGUGGCGAUUUCAGCCCUUAAGCACGGACUACUGCCGCUCAGUCAGGAGUCCGUUGUCAUUGGAGAGGUUAGCACGCACACUUACCUGGGCGGACUGUUAGAUCCCGAAGAGAAGGACAAGCUGGCCCGCAAUUUGGGCCCGAACAACAAGGUGCUACUGCUGUCCAACCAAGGCGCACUAUGCUGCGGCGAAACGAUAGAAGAGGCUUUCUUCAACGCACGCAAUACCGUCCUCGCCUCCGAAUCACAGCUCAAGUUGUUGCCGCUCGGUUUGGACAACCUGGUGCUGCUCAACGACGAGAUUCGCAAGAAGAUCUACGAUGCGGCCCACAGGGCUCCGGAAAGCACUCCCCGCCCAGACCAGCCUUCCAUUCUGGAGGGCAAGGUUGAGAGAAAAUGGCGUGUAGGAGGUAUCGAGUUUGAGGCGCUGAUGCGCAUGUUGGACAACGCCGGUUUCCGCACCGGAUACAUCUACCGCCAUCCGUUGGUGAAGGGCGAACCGCCCAAACCCAAGAACGACGUCGAACUGCCACCCGCUGUCUCGUCUCUCGGCUACUUGUUGGAAGAGGAAGAACUUUACCGACAAGGACUUUGGAGAAAGUUGGAAGGAGGUAAGAAGGGACAGGAUAGAAGCCGUUGGUUGAACUCGCCGAAUGUCUACCAGAAAGUGGAAAUACUCGAAACCGGCACAUCGGAUCCCAAGAAAAUCACAAAGUGGGUCAGCGAAGGAUCCCCAACGCAUUCCAGCACUCCGGUCAAAAUCGAUUCGGCUCUCCAGUUCGUGCCAAAGGGCACGAAUCCCAAAGAGUUUAAACAAAAACAAAGAGAGAUCAAAGAGUACAGGAUAUCCCAGCAGAAAAACGCCGGACCUCAGUCGCACAUCCUGGAGGGCGUGACGUGGGAGGAGGCGCGCAAGAUGCAAGACGCCACAGUUACUCAGACGGGUGAUCACGUCGUGUUGAUGGGUGCCGCCUCCAAGGGCAUCAUUCAGCGUGGCCACCAGCACAACGCCACAGUUUACAAGUCGCCGUAUGCGAAGAAUCCCUUCGAUUCGGUUACAGACGAGGAACUUGACGAAUACAAGAAGGUCGUCGAAAGGAAACACAAGGGUGAUUUCUCAUUCACAGACGACACGACCGAUUACAGUGAGUCAGAAGGACUAUCGUCUGCUCAGAUCAAUAAGAGGAUUGAUAAUCUUCAUAUCAGAUCACCAACCAGUGAAACAGAGGAGGAAAGCAGAGACGAGCCACAGAUUUUACGGAUAGAAACGAAACAAGCUCCCAGACCUAGCCAGCCGGAAGUUGUUCUUAGCGAUGUCGAAGUUUCACCGACGGAAGCCUUCUUGAGAUCGGAGAGGACGACGUCUCUCAACAGCAACAGAAGUGAAAACACUGUCAAUGGAGAUCAAUCAGAUGCACACAUGAGUACACUAUCGCAGAGUAGUAAAGAGGAUCGCUCAAUUUCUGAAGGAUCUCCAAAGAAAGACAAAAAGAAGAAGAAAGGUUUGAGGACCCCAUCUUUCUUGAAAAAGAAAAAGGAAAAGAAGAUUCGCGAAGCAUAGGCACUGCCCCAUUUAUAAUAAAAAAUAUUGUUUCAAUAAAUCCAUCGAGACUGCCAGCGACAUCUUUUUAGUUUAGUUCAUUCGAGCGCAGCAGCUAGGAUUGCACUAAAUGUGACAAUGGACUUCAGUGGUCUAAUUUAAAUUAUAUUUUAGCUUUAUCUGUACAGGAUACUAUAAAGAUUUAUUAUAAUUAACUUUUAAAGUGCGAAAUAUAUAAAUGGAAAAUAUAUAAUAUAUUAAUAUAGAUUUUACAAAAUAAACAAUUCGUCUAUUCCAAGAACAAAAACAGCCUCGCGUAUGUAUUGACUGACAUUACUGCUGUAGAGAUGCAUUGGACAAUUGUUUAUUCUGUGCAAUAUUGCUAUCCUUAUUUAUGUAAAAUUAUUAGCUAUAUGCUUUUUCAAAUUGCAAAAUUGUUAUAUUUUGUUUCAUUCAUUUUGUUCAAACAGUGAUUGUGCAACAUACAACAUAGAAAACAAACUGUACGGCCAUAAUUUUAUUUUUUCAUGAUAAGAUGGGAGUGGGAGCACACAUAUGCUAUUGUUUCUAUAUACAUAAUAAAUACUACAUUUAAUUAUUUUUACAAUGUUUAAUUAAUUGCACAAAGUAGUCUUUUUAUAUAUUUUUCUUAAUAUUUAAGAAAUAAACAGCUUUUCUCUGCUACUUA